UUUCACAACUGUUUUUACGGAUCACUAUUCCCCCCAGCCCUUCCCUCUUAUUACCUCUUGCAUUACACAUAUUCUCUAUGUUUCCAUAUCUCAUCUAAAGGGUAAGCAAUGCUUCAAUUGCUUCAUAUCAUAUAAGCAUAUAAAACACAAUUCAAUAAUUUGAUCUUCACAUGUUUCAAUCAGCAAAAAAGUGUGAUUUCGGAGUCACCAUUUGUAUACCUUAUUAACGCGUUUAUUCAUAUGGUGCAGGCUUGAAAAUGUCUAAGGUACUGCUUCAUGGAACUCUUCAUGUUACCAUCUAUGAGGUUGAUAAGCUUCAUGGUGAAGGUGGUGGCCCUAAUAUGUUUGGGAAGCUUAUGGCAAACAUACAAGAAACUGUUGGAUUUGGGGAAGGAACUCCAAAGAUCUAUGCAACAAUCGAUCUAGAAAAAUGUAGAGUUGGACGAACGAGAAUGAUAGAGAACGAACCACAAAACCCAAGAUGGUUCGAAUCAUUCCACAUCUACUGUGCCCACUCAGCAUCUAACGUAAUCUUCACAGUCAAGGACAACAACCCGAUCGGCGCAACACUGAUCGGUCGAGCUUACAUGCCCGUUAGCGAGCUCACUGAAGGCGAUGAGGUCGAUAAAUGGCUAGAGAUCAUGGACGAAAACAAAAAUCCCAUACCAGCUGGAGCCAAAAUUCACGUCAAACUACAGUUCUUUGAUGUUACUCAAGAUCGAAACUGGGCUCACGGGGUUAAAACCGCUAAAUAUCCUGGAGUUCCCUACACAUUCUUUGCUCAAAGACAAGGAUGUCGUGUUUCAUUGUACCAAGAUGCACAUGUUCCAGAUAACUUCAUCCCUAAAAUACCCCUUGCGGGUGGGAAGUAUUACGAGCCGCAAAGAUGCUGGGAAGAUGUGUUUGAUGCGAUAAGUAAUGCGAAACACUUCAUCUACAUUACUGGAUGGUCUGUGUACACUGAGAUUGCGUUGAUUAGAGACGAUAAGAGACCGAAAGAGGGAGGUGAGGUCAUGCUUGGUGAGCUUUUAAAACGAAAGGCGGACGAAGGUGUUCGUGUUGCAAUGCUUGUUUGGGAUGAUCGAACAUCUGUAACCGCGUUUAAGGAAGAUGGGUUGAUGGCUACACACGAUGAAGAGACUAAAAACUACUUUCAAAAUACUGAUGUUUAUUGUAUUUUAUGUCCGCGUAAUCCGGAUGAUGGUGGAAGCAUUAUUCAAGAUCUUCAAAUUUCUACUAUGUUUACACACCACCAGAAGAUUAUAGUGGUUGAUCAUGACAUGCCGAAUGGUGGUUCGAAGCGGCGAGUGGUUAGUUUUGUUGGUGGGAUUGAUUUGUGUGAUGGUAGAUAUGAUAGUGCUACUCAUACUCUUUUUAGGACUCUGCAUUGCAUUCACCAUGAUGAUUUCCAUCAGCCGAACUACACCGGUGCGAGCAUAACUAAAGGCGGUCCACGUGAGCCGUGGCACGAUAUCCACUCGCGGCUUGAGGGACCGAUUGCUUGGGAUGUUUUGUUUAAUUUUGAUCAAAGGUGGAGGAAACAAGGUGGGAAAGAUGUUUUAGUUAACUUAAGAGAACUUAAGGGAGUACUAAUCCCUCCGUCUCCGGUCACGUUUCCGGAUGACCAAGAAACGUGGAACGUUCAGCUUUUCCGGUCAAUUGACGGUGGUGCCGCCUUCGGGUUCCCGGACUCUCCGGAAGAAGCGGCUAAAUCGGGUCUCGUGAGUGGAAAGGAUAACAUAAUUGAUAGGAGUAUUCAAGAUGCGUAUAUUCAAGCGAUACGUAGAGCCAAAAACUUUAUUUAUAUCGAAAACCAGUAUUUUCUAGGAAGCUCGUUCGCGUGGAAAUCUAGUGACAUUAACAUCAAUGAAAUCGGUGCUUUGCACCUUAUUCCAAAAGAGCUUUCUUUAAAGAUUGUUAGCAAGAUUGAGGCGGGUCAAAAAUUUAUUGUUUAUAUUGUCGUGCCAAUGUGGCCUGAAGGGAUCCCAGAAAGUGGAUCUGUUCAGGCCAUAUUGGACUGGCAACGGAGAACAAUGGAGAUGAUGUAUAAAGAUAUUGUUAAGGCACUCCAAGCCAAGGGACUUGAUGAUGAUCCAAGAGAGUAUCUCACUUUCUUUUGCCUUGGAAACCGCGAAGUGAAAGAUGGCGAAGAACAUGAACCUACCGAAGCACCUGAACCGGGUUCCGGAUAUCAUCAUGCCCAACAAAACCGACGCUUCAUGAUCUAUGUACAUUCCAAAAUGAUGAUUGUUGAUGAUGAAUACAUAAUAGUUGGAUCCGCUAAUAUUAACCAACGAUCUAUGGAUGGUGCUCGAGAUUCUGAAAUAGCUAUGGGAGCCUACCAACCAUACCACCUAGCCGGGAAGCAACCGGCAAGGGGUGAAAUCCACGGGUUUCGUAUGGCUCUAUGGUAUGAACACCUUGGCAUGAUUGACGACACUUUUGAGCACCCAGAGAAUGCUGAAUGCGCGAGAAAGGUGAACCAAAUGGCUGAUAAAUAUUGGGAUAUAUACGCUAGUGAUGAUCUAGAUCGCGAUCUACCUGGACACUUGCUUCGCUACCCCGUUGGUAUUACUAGGGAUGGUGAUGUUACCUCACUGCCCGGAAUCGAGUGUUUUCCGGAUACAAGUGCAAAGAUCCUCGGUGCUAAAUCUGAUUACCUUCCUCCUAUCCUUACUACCUAAGACAAGUUUUG